GGCUCAGAUUCCAGAGUCCAAGUUUUGCCAGGCAGCCUCUGUGCAAAGCCUGUGCUCAACGUGCGCGAAUCAGUUCCGGUCCACACUUACGCAAGCUCGAUAUUACUAUAAAAACUGAGCGCGCGGCCGAAGCUCGGCAUCGCUGGCGCCCCUUAGUACGCCAUAGCCAGCAAAGAGCUCUCCUAGCUCUGCAGCCGAAAUGUCGCCAGCCAUCGACGAUAUAGAAGCCCCAGCCAUCGAACGGCCGCCGGAGCACCCGCCGCUCGCCACGACGAACCCGCUGCUCGUCAACGCCUUGCGCGAGGGCAAGGUCGACGAGGCGGCGUUGCGCAAACUACCACGAAGUGUCAGGGAGUACCAAGAGGCGCAGAACGAACUCAUCGACGACCUUCUCGACAUCGAGUAUGCGCCCUCGAACCCCUGGGACGCCGCGCCGGACGGAGAACAAAGCGCGCGCGCGCGCUUCGCCACACGUGCUUCGUUCAUGAUCAACGUCUUCCUGUGUCUGAUUAAAUACGUCGCGUUCAUCUAUUCAAGAAGCUACGUCGUCCUCGCGUCGGCGGUCGACUCGACGAUGGACCUCGUGUCAGGUGGUGUGUUGUUCUGCCAAGCUAGAGCAGCGGCUAGACAGGACCGUCCAAAGGUGCGCGACAAGUUUCCGACCGGGCUCUCUAGACUAGAACCCGUAUCCGUGUUAGUUUUUGCCGUCCUCAUGGCGGCGCUCUCGCUCCAGAUCUUCUACGAGUCCGCCGAAGCACUGAUCGGCGGCCUGACGAAGACUUCGCCGCCGCGGCCCGAAGCCGGGGCGCUGGUCAUCGCCAUCAUUGUCACCGUCAUCGCGACGAAGCUGUGCCUGCACAUCUGGUGCCAGCGCGUCGCGGCGAAGGGCGGCGCGGACACCGGCCCCGUCCAAGCCCUGGCCGACGACCACCGCAACGACGUCAUCUCGAACACCUGGGGCCUGGCGGCUCUAUUAGCGGCGGCGCUCGGCCCGGGCGCGUGCUGGAUGGCCGACCCCAUUGGAGCCAUGCUCAUCAGUGUCUUCCUCGUCUACAUGUGGGCUUGUACCGCUAAGGAGCAGGGGACCAUAUUGGUUGGAGUUGCUCCUGACCCAGCUUUCCACGCCCGACUCACGUAUCUGGCCCUCAAGGCCUCGCCCGCGCUCGUGGGCCUCGACACGCUACGCGUUUACUCCGCGGGCGCCGAGACGUACACCGUCGAGAUCGACUUGAUCCUCCCGCCGGAGAUGCUGCACCGCGACGCCCACGACAUCGGACAAGCGUUACAAGAUCGAUUGGAAGCGGACCCGGCCGUCGCGCGCGCCUUUGUCCACCUCGACUGGGAGGCGUCGCACGUCGGCGAGCACCUCGGCAAGCCCUCCCUCGCGCGCGGGCGCGGCUCGAGCCUCGACUCGCCGGGGGCGCCCCUGCUGCACAAGAAGGGGACGUGACUGCUCGAUGGCGUUGAGGGUGCCCCAGAGCCCUCGCUCUAAGCUAUGUGAUUC